AAAUGAAAAAGAAAAAGACAUCUCCAUUUUCUCUUAACCUCUUAAGUUUUUCAACCAAAAUCUACUUUUUAUUUUGAAAGGCAAAAAUCUAUUAAGAAUUUUAUUUCCAUUAAGGUGAUAUUGACAGAUCAACUCUGAUUGGAAUCGAAAACAAAGCAAUUCUAGAGAGAGAAAGAGUGGAGAGUGAGCUGAAGAAAUGGAUGAGAAUUUGAUAAAACGGCUGGAAUCCGCGGUGGCGCGGCUGGAGGUGCUGUCCGCUAGUGGUGGUGCGGCGGAGGUCGGUGGAGAUGCUGCGGUGGCGAUGGAUCCGUCGAUUAUCGCGUUCGGGGAUCUAAUAUCGGAGUAUGUUGCGAAGGUUAAGAUUGCUGCGGAGAAGAUAGGAGGAAAGGUUUUGGAGGUGUCGAGGAUUGUUGAGGAAGCGUUUUCCGUACAGAAGGAGCUGCUUAUUAAGAUUAAGCGAACUCAGAAACCUGACACGGCAGGGCUAGUUGAAUUUCUUAAACCAUUGAAUGAGGCGAUUGCAAAAGCUAAUGCAUUAACAGAAGGAAAGAGACCUGAUUUUUUCUACCACUUGAAGUCAGCUUCUGACAGUCUGACUGCUCUGGCAUGGAUUGCAUAUGCAGGAAAAGAUUGCGGUAUGAGCAUGCCUAUUGCACAUGUGGAAGAGAGUUGGCAAAUGGCUGAAUUUUACAAUAACAAGAUUCUUGUGGAGUACAGAAACAAAGAUGCUAAUCAUGUUGAGUGGGCAAAGGCUUUAAAGGAGCUUUAUGUACCAGGAUUGAGGGAUUAUGUAAAGAGUCACUAUCCAUUGGGCCCUAUAUGGAGUGCCACUGGAAAAACAACAGCAUCAGCUCCACCGAAAGUUUCUAAGCCAGGUGGUCCUGCACCUCCCCCUCCACCUGCUAAGCUAUUCUAUUCUGAAACUCAUCAGCCUUCAUCAUCGCGCCCGAAAGAAGGGAUGGCUGCUGUUUUUCACGAAAUUAAUUCUGGACAGUCAGUAACUUCUGGAUUGAGGAAAGUCACUGAUGAUAUGAAGGUGAAAAACCGUGUGGACAAGACUGGCUUUGUUAGUGCUGGUGAGAAAGAAGGUCGCACUAGCUCACCGUCUUUUUCAAAGACAGGGCCCCCAAAAUUGGAGCUUCAAAUGGGUCGUAAAUGGGUGGUCGAGAAUCAAAUUGGAAAGAAGAAUUUAGUAAUUGAUGAUUGUGAUGCAAAACAGUCCGUGUAUGUUUUUGGUUGCAAAGAUUCUGUUCUACAGAUCCAAGGUAAGGUGAACAACAUUACUGUAGACAAGUGCACCAAGAUGGGGGUUGUAUUUACGGAUGUUGUGGCAGCUUGUGAGGUUGUCAAUUGCAGCGGCGUUGAGGUGCAAUGCCAGGGCUCGGCUCCUACCAUAUCGGUGGACAAUACAGCAGGUUGCCAAUUGUACCUGAGUAAAGAUUCUUUGGAGGCUUCUGUAACCACAGCUAAGUCAAGUGAAAUCAACGUGUUGGUACCUGGCUCUGGGCCUGAUAGCGACUGGGUGGAGCAUUCUUUACCGCAGCAAUACGUGCAUGCAUACAAGGAUGGCCAUUUUGUAACUACGCCCGUCUCCCACUCUGGAGGAUAACUGGAAAAGGGAAUUUUGAAAUUUUCACAUUUAUUUUUAUCUGGUUUCUUGCUUCUGUUUCUUUUCCCUUUUAAAAUGAUUGAGGGGUGGCUUUUCAUUUUCAUUUUUAAUUUUUCAAUUUAUUGAGGUUUGUUGUGGUGCCAUUUUGAUUCUCUCAUAUAGAACUGUUGUCUUCCGCAUCUUUUGUCUGUAAUUUAUUCUUGAAGGAGUGUCUUUAACGUAAAAUCUUUGUUAUCACUUGAAUAAUUUAUGUGUCAAGAGUUCAAAAUUUGGUUGAAAUGCUCGAAUCCUUCAAAUUUACCACUUAUA